AUGCAAGAGAGGCAAGACUUCCUGGAGAAGCUGGACGCCUGUGCAGCGCCGCAAAAGCAGGUGCACGAGCUUGAGUGGGAGCUGAAAAAGCGUGCCGAUGAAAUCAGGGACCUGCAGAAGGCGCUGAGCAGCUCGCAAGCGUACAUCUUUGAGGAGCGGGACCGGCUGCUGCAGCUGCAAGCAGAGAACGAUGAGCUGCGGCUGCAAGAGGUGGAUGACAGGCACCGCCUGCAGCACCUUCUCUUCCUGCUGGAGGCCCAGAAGGGCUCAAAGGCUAGCGCAGCCGCCGCCAGGGACAAGGAGAUUGGCAUGUCAGCCGCUGACGUGGAAGUGGUCAGGAUGAGAGUAGAAUCUCUGCAGUCCCAGCUGACAGAACAGAAGCAGUUUGCGGCGGAGCGGAUAGCGUCGCUUGUGGAGGAGCGGCGCAUGCGCGAGGUGGACGAGGCGGCGCGGCACGGCGUUGCCUCCGCCCGGCACGACGAGCUGCUGCAGCGCCUGCACAGGGCCGAAGACGCGCUGCAGGCCACCACCAAAGACUACAUCCUCGGCAAGAAGGCGCGGGCCGAUGCGGAGCGGCGCGCGGCGGCGGCCGAGUUCAAGCUGAAGGCGGUGAGGGGCCAGCUGGGCGCGCGGGUGGCGCAGCUGGAGGGUGAGCUGGCGCAGCGGCUGCACGACGCGCGCAGCACCGCCGAGGAGCGCCUGGAGCAGCACACCGAAGCCUACCGCUCCCAGGUGUUGCAGCGGGAGAAGGAGGUUGCUGACUUGGAGGCCAUGCACCGGGGGGUGACAGGGCGCCUGGAGCAGCGAUUAGCGCAUGUGGAAGCUCGCCUCGCCAAACAGAUCGAACGCUGCCGCCAGCUCGAGCACCGGCGGCUGCUGGACGUGGAAGGGUGGAUGAGCGACAUAACACUGCUGCGGCAGCAGCUGCAGGCGGCCGACAGGAAGCUGCACCAGAUGCGACUCAGCGCACGCCUGCCAGACGAUGAGAGGCUGGAUGCGCUGAUGGGCAGCCUGGACAAGAGGCACCCGGAUGUGCUGAGCCAUGCAGGAGGCAGGCAAGUUGAGAACUUGCCCCCACGCAGCGCAGCCCAAGCCGGCGCUGGCGGGCCCCUGUCAGUGGUGAACAAGGAGCUAGAAAAUGUGCGCGGGGGUAUUGCCAGCCUUGAGAAACGGCUCAAGGGGCUGCACGAACUGCGCUACCGAUGA